UGGGCUGCAGCUGAGCCGCAUCCAGUACAGGCCUAGCUGUGUCUUUCCUGGAGUUUCUUCUCUUCUGGGUCCAGGCCACGGAAUUCAUUGUCCUCCCGGGACGGGGGAGAAAACGGGGUGUGGGUCUGAGGAGAAAGAUGGAGGCAGGAAAGAGAAGAACUAAAGAUGACACUUGGAGAACUGAGGACCUCAAGAAAUACCUUCGGGCAUCACAGUCAGAUACUCAGAAAGAAGAAAGAAAACAUAGGGAAAAGAAACUACACAAAGAUUCAGAAAUGAAUGACUUGUUUGAAUACGAAGAGUAUAAACACAAAGAUCAAGAAAGAGAGAUAAUGAAAAGCAAAGAAAGGACAGGGGAAAGAGACAGUCAUAUAACUAAAGACACUGGGAAAAGUUAUUACGGUGAUAGAGACAGAGAUAAACAAAAAGAAAAGAGAAAAGAAACAAAAGAACGAGAGAGAGAAAAAAAUAAAGAGAAACAUCGUGAACAGGAUGCCGAGAAGGAAAAAUAUCACCGAAGGAAGGACAAAGAUAAAGAUAAAGAAAGAAAAUUUAAGAAAGAUGAUUUCAAGCAAACUUUCAUAUCACAUCACAACUUAAAGGGAUUUGAAAUGCAAGAUAAAGAUCUGGAAAAAUUAGAAAAGAAGAUUUUUUCAGGAAUUAGAGGAAAAGAUAAAGACAGAGAACAGAAAGAUGAUUCUGAAAGAAAAGAUGAAGACAGAGAAAGAAAGUACCGAGAAAAGAAGUAUGGUGAAAAUAAAGAGUUUACUCUCAGAUAUUAUCUGCAUAAAGAAGAUGGAGAAAAAAAGCACAAGAGGCAAAAAGAACAAGAACAAGAGAAGAAACACAAAGAAAAAAACAGCACUAGGGAAAGGAGAGAAAAAGUGUCCAAAGAAAAAAGCAAUACGGCCUGUGACAAGGAUGGGGAAGAAAGACAUAGAGAGAAACGACAUAAAGAUGGAGUUCCUUUUGAGGAUGAGAGACUGAAAAAUAUCGCAGACAAGAAAGAAAAAACAUCUAAAGAAGAGCAUAGAAAGAAAAAGGAAUCCAAGACUAGUGAACACAGAAAUGGAGGAGCAAAUUUCAAAAGAGAAAAUAUAUCUGGCAGCCAGCAUAUACAGAAUUCAGGAAAGAAUGGUGGAAAAGACAACAAAGACACAAGAAGAAAGCAAACUGGUGAAGAAGGAAUGUCAAUAUGGAAAUCCGCCCGAAGGCAAUCAAGUGAGGAAACUGAUGAUGUUGAAAAGGAAGACAUUGAUUUAGAAAAUGAUGGUGCUGAUGACUACACUGCCAAUUAUGAAGAUGAUUUUGAAGACUAUGAAGAUGAUUUUGAUAAUGGUGAUGGUGAUGGUGAUGGCAAUGAUGAUGAUGAUGAUGAUGAUGAUAAUGAUGAUGACAAUGGUGGUGCUGAAGAACAGAUAAAGAAAAGGGAUGAAGAAAUUCCUCUAGCCAGGAAGAUGGAGAUUCAAGAAAUCCAAAGAGCCAUUAAUGCAGAAAAUGAAAGAAUUGGUAUAUUACCUUCAAAGAGAAUUCAAAAGCAGUUUCAAACAGAUCUUGAAAAAGAACCAAGAACAGAAGCAAAAGAAUCCCCUUCUAGAGGCUCUCUCUGUGGAAUAUUUAUGGACUUUGCUGCAGCUUCACAGCGACAAAGUUGUCGGAAUCAUGCCCUUAAACAACGGACACGCAGCGCAAAGUUGCUUCGACUGAUUGACUUGGAUUUUUCAUUUAGUUUUUCUCUCUUGGAUCUGCCACCAGUAAAUGAGUAUGAUAUGUACAUAAGAAACUUUGGUAAAAGAAACACUAAGCAGGCAUAUGUUCAGUAUAAUGAAGACAAUGUUGAAAGAGAUGUUCAAACUGAUGAAAUAGAAACCCAUGAAGUAUGGACCCAGCAUCCUGGUGAAAGUACUAUUGUAUCGGGAGGUACUAAAAACAGCAGAGAUAUGUCUGAUGGUACAUACGUAACAAAGAUUGACACACCAAGGUUAGCUAAUUUUCUCCGGGCUGCUUGUCAGGUGAUUGCUGUAUUACUUGAGGAAGAUCGUGCUGCAACCGAACCCAAUUGGAAUCUCAGGUCUCAAGAAAAUGCCCUUAAUAUUAGUGAAAGCUGUGCCCAGAUGAACACUAACCUACCAUUCCUACAAAAUCGAAAAGUGUCCUCUUUACAUGUUUCUCAAAUUCAGAGACAGACCUUAGUUUCUGUUCAUGAGUUACCUGAAAAGCCAUUCUCUGAUAUACUGGAUAAAAGAUAUAUUCUCUGUGUAUGGGAUAUUUGGCAGCCUUCCAGUCCUCAGAAAGUUUUAAUCUGUGAAUCAAAGGUCAUGUGCUGCUGUUUUAGCCCUUUUAAAGCAAUUUUACUAUUUGCUGGAACAAUCCAUGGCUCAGUAGUUCUGUGGGAUCUACGAGAGGACUCCAGGAUGCAUCACUACGUGAAAUUAAAAGAUUGUGUUUGGACAUUCAGAACAGCAACAUUUUCUACUGAUGGUGUUCUUACUAUAGUAAACCACAGAAGUCCUGUUCAGUCAAUAGAACCAGUUUCAACAUCUGUCUACAGAAAACAGAACUUUGUGCUUUCACCUUUCUCUCAUCAAGAAGAAAUAUCCGGUUUGUCAUUCCACAUUGCUUCACUGGAUGAAAAUGGAAUUCUUAAUAUAUGGGUGGUGGUUGAACUACCAAAAGCGGAUUUUGCAGGUUCCCAAAGUGAUCUAGGUUUAAUACCAGGAGGAAAGAUAAAGCUGGUACACAGCUCUACAAUUCAGUUGAAUAACAGCUUUCCCCCUAAAGUUAACACAAGUUUGAGGCCUAUGCAGACACUGAUUGUUAAGUUUUUGCCUUCAGAUCCUAAUCGUUACAUUAUUGGUACAGAUAGGGGUGUUAUAAGUCAUGGUGCAAGACAUGAUUCAAAAGUGUCGCCAAAACUGUUCAAACCCCAACAACGUGAAGAAAGACCAGUGAAAGUUACUGUGAUUGACUUUUCACCAUUUGGAGAACCAGUGUUUUUGGCUGGCUGUUCAGAUGGAAGCAUUAGAUUACAUCAACUAAAUUCUGAGUAUCCAGUUUGUCAGUGGAAUAACAGUACCAAUGGCCAGGCAAUUAUCUCCUUGAAGUGGGCACAGACAAGACCUGCUGUGUUUUUGGUCCAGGAUGACAUAUCCAACAUUUACAUUUGGGACCUGUUAGAAAAUGAUCUCGGACCUGUAGCCAAACAACUUAUCUCUCCAGAUAAGCUGAUAAUUGCAACAGUCAUGGGUGAUCCAGAAAAGACAAACAGAUUCCUUGGUCUGGCACUAGCCAAAACAUCUGGGAUGAUUGAAAUUCAGUACCUGAAGAAGAAAUGGGCGUCACCCAAGAAAGAAGAGCAAAAGAGACUGCGUUUGCUUUUGCAGGAUGCCCUCUAGAAACAGAAAAAUAGUUUUCUAAGAGAUUCAUAAAAAAAGAACAUUACCCAGAGAAUUUUCAUUCAAUGAUUAAAAAUGCAUUAGGUGUUAUUAAGAGGUGUAUACUUUAAUAGCUACUACAUCUAUGUAUACGUAUAUUUGUAUAUAUAGAAUAUAUAUGUUCUGUAUAUAAUUAAUUUUACUAUUUACUUCAGUGUUUCUACUAAAAUCAAUAUUUUUAAACAAAAAGAAGUGAUACUUUCAUAUCUAUUGAACUAAAAAGGAAAUACACAUUAUAGUCACUCCCAAUGUAUUGUUUAUGGAGGAUCUUUAUAUAUAUUUUUUUCAGAAUAACUCUAAAAUACAACCAUCAGAUUUAUUACUGGCAUUUAAAUCACCCACCACGAGAUGAAUUUUAAUGGACUGUUUUCUUAUUCACACAAAAAUAUCUAUGCCUGUCCAAAUUAAA